UUGUAUAGCGUCACAGUGCGUCGGUCGGUGUCGCAACGUUCGCGCAGUCGACGGGCGGGUGCUGCGGGUAGUCUAGUAGUUGUUCGAGAUUCGUCGCUGGGUUCGUGCUGUUGUCACGGACAACCACCGAGCCACCGACCACCGCCACACCACCACCACCGCCGCAUUGCUCAACCACCGAGCGCGAGUCGAGAUCAUUGAGAGGAAUAGCCAUCGAAAUGUCGCGUCUCGCGAUAGGGUUACUGCUGGUUUGUCUCCACGCGGGAUCUGCCUACGGAUUGGAUUGUAACUAUGGAAGCAAUAAGAAUUUCUUCGAGAACUUAUUAACCACAUGCCCAAGAUUGACAGAUCCACAAGAAAAUUCUUAUUGCUGCUAUGAUUUCGCUCAUGACAGGGCCUAUUGCUGCAAUUUCGAGGAAUUUACAAUGAAGACUGGAGUCGGAAUAAUCAUUCCUGUGGUAAUCGCAGUAGCUAUCGUUGUCGGGCUAGUAGUAUGCUGCAUAUCUUGUCUCUGCUGCAGCUGCUGUCCCUGGUAUCGCCGCCGACAAGGCACCGUCUAUGGAAAAGUUCAGACACCUAUAGUACAAGUAAUUCAGCCCCAAUCGAAUCUUCCACCAAGUUACACCAACCAGCCUGCGCAAAACUAUGCUCCAUAUCCAACGGGCUCGACAGGGAUGCCGCAACCCCCACCGUAUACUAACGAGGCGUAUGCCAAACAGGCUCCGUACAAUCCUGCUUAUCCACCACCACAGUGAAAUCUUCCGAGUUAUAGUUAUCAUAAUAAUUGUCAAUGAAAAAUUAUAAGAUUUCCUCGUUCAGCGAGGAAUCAUCAUCUUGGAUUUAUACGAAUGUCGAUAGAAUACGUUGUGUGUUUAUGUGUUAUCGUACUACGAUCGUGAUUUAUACCUCCUCGUAUGUAUAUACGUGGACGAUUUGACAUCCAUAAGUACUGACAGAAAUUUUUACUUUUUACAAUAUUUUUACGUUUUUGUUCUACAAAUCUCUGAGAAGUGCGCUACUUUUAUAUACAUUUGUUAGAAAUAUAUUCUCAGAAAAUAUUUAUAAAUCCUUUUUUUUUUUUUUUACAAAAACGCACAGAACAAAAUACUCUUGAUAAUAUACGAAUAACAAGGACAAAAAGAAAAUAUAUUAAGCUAAACUUUGUAUAAAUACUUUUCUGAAAAGUUUUAUUUAACGUUGUAAAUAAAAUGAUGUCCCACGCGAGUUUCGUCAAAUUAAAAAUCUUGUAUUCUUACUGCAAUAAUACAUUCAUUUUGAAGUAA